AUGGCAGACCCAACCGGCGAAGAUCGCCAGGCGCAGCCAACGCUUGACGACCAGCGCCAUACGACUGCCGAGGUCUUGUCUUCCUCACCAUCCUCAGCGACAGCUCUCCCGCCCACCAUUCCUCCUCGUCCAGUCAUCGAUGUAUCGCAGAGCGCAGCUGUCGCCCCUGUCGCCGCCCCCUUCGCACAUCCUUCACCUUCUCUCCUGACUGUCCAAUCGCCCUCAUCUUCGAUAACGACCGCCACAACCUCAUCGACUCUUGAAAAUGGUGGUUCGGCCACCACGUCCGCUACUCUCGCUGCCCCCAGGCUGAGCUAUGUUCCACGAACUCCGCGCUCCCCGUCCGCGAUGAGCUCGACAGGCAGCAAAGAUCGAAUCAGCAGCGCUCAGCAGACACUGCCAAUAGCGCAGACACAGGCUCACCAGUCGGAUCUACCACGAUUGCCAUUGCAAGAUCCGUCGCCCGCAAGACAAGACUCGUCUGUAGCAAACGCGCCUCCUUCAACCUCGGGUCGACUCACCCAGUUGCUCGAGCGAUGUCAGCAGCUUGGCCUGGGCCCUGAAGCGCCAGGAUACGCGCUGGUCAAGAAACUAGCAGAAGCUACUGAGCCAGAAUGGAGGGAGCUCACUGCACUCCUGGCUCACGGACAGGCUACGCUUCUGUUGCCCGUACAAGCCAAGUCUUCAUCGUCUUCAUUCCUCAAAGAAAGAGAUGGUGCUGUACAUGCCCCUCCUUCCCUGGGAUUCGCGCAGGAUCACAUAUUGUUGAGCCCAUCCUCCUGCCCUGAUCUAUCAUCAGACCCACCGGACAAAGGUCUUGUGACACUCUCAGGGCUGCGAGGAUGCCUCGAAAUUACCGACAGGCGUGGCUCACCUCGCCCUACACAACUGGAAGAUCCCGAGGACGCCACCGUGCCACCGAGUCUAUUCAUCAAGAGCUUCAUCAAUCGCUCAGACCGAGAUUGGAUUCAGCAGUUGAAGACUGUGUCCGAACGAAGACAUCUGUUCUCCUCCCUGGCGCCUCUUCCUACCGCAUGCUGCUCUGACUAUCCUUACCCCAACUAUACCAUCCUGUGCGAGUCAAAGCUCGACUUCCCUCCACCUACUCAGCCAUCAAUCCACAAGCGCACGAGCUCGGGAGCAGCAACAACCAGCAUCAUCGCUCCCAACCUUGGCCUCGAAAGCUCGAGUCCCAAUCGGAGCUCAUCUUCGUCUGGCGCCUUUGCGCAACUCUUUGGUGGCGGUGGCAGAGGCUACCGCAAGGGCCUGCCCCCAUCUACUCAUGAUCAGACAUCGGAUGCUACACAGAGUCCUGCGAUCACAGGAGAGGGAUCAUCGGGUGCGAAAGUGCAGAUUUGGGUGAUUGACAGACCUCUACGCAGGUCCCGAGCGGUGCGGGGUAUGACGUACUCAGUACAAGCUCGUCUCCGCACUCAGCUUGAGCGCGAGGCCGGCAUUCGCUCUGACAUUGGCGAGGUCAUUGGCUCCUUCGCAGGAGCCUUCUAUCCUCCUGUUGAAUCGUCCAGUCGCUCUACUGAGUUGCCCUCUCGCAGAGGAGUUCAGAUCGGUAGUGGAAGGCUGCAGCUGCCGCGAACACCUCAUUCCCCCAUCACGCCCAAGGAAUGGCAGACCAUGGCUAUGUUCUCUGCCAGCCCGGAAGAGGUAACGGCUAGUUACCAGGAUGUCCUUGCUUCGGUGCAUUCGCAACUGCGAAUAGAUUCCGAUACGGCUGGGGAAGAGUCGCAAGAGGAGAAGGUUCUCGAGCAGAUGGAAGUCGUGGAACGCCUUCUGGUGGAGGAAGUGUACGAUCGACUUCUAUGCCCUCCACAGUCUUCGGAUCAUCAGGCCGACGAAAAUCUGGCCUCUAGAAUCGCAGCUCUGAAUAUUUUAGGGCUAGAUUGGGAAGGCCUGGGUCUCAACUUACCCCCACAAGAGAAAACGUUUCAAACUGUGGCUGGAGAUCAAGCUCAAAAUGAGCCUCAAGAGGCUUCUCCAGUUAGAGAUGGUCUUCAGAAGAUAAUGGACGACUGUCGUGAAGAGCUCGUGCAACUUCACCAGCGCGAUCGGAUGGCUCCACGCCGGAAGCUUGAGGUGCUAGUCGGUAUUCAUCGUAUCAUCGUUGAUGGUCUGAGCAAGCUACCUCGUAUCACCCUUCAAGACAACGAAGUCGACGAUCGUGAAGACGGCGUUCAAGCCAAAGACAGCGGAAGUGGUAUUGAGGCACGAGAUUCGCUGGCUCAAUCUGGAAUGGCUCAAAAAGGGGGCAAUACGUCUUCCGCCGACCUGAUCUUGCCACUCCUCAUCCGACUCAUCGUUCUGGCAAACCCAACCGGGCUUGCUUCCCAGCUGAUGUACAUACAGCGUUACCGAUACGAUGCUCUGCUCCAGAAUGGAGAGGCUGCUUAUUGUCUCAUCAACUUCCAGGCAGCCAUACAAUUCAUUGAGAAUGCUAAACCAUCGGAGCUGGGCCUGGAAGACAGUACACUGCCCUCCUUCUCUCAGCAGCUUGGACAAAGUGGCGCAGGAGAGCGCAAUGAAAAGAGCGCUGCAAUUGAGAUGUUGCGAAGCGUAAAAAGGGGCGAGUCUGAGAAUUCAAAUGACAGUAGGACCGCCACACCUCUGCCGAUCGGGGGAAGGCUCAAGGGCCUAACAGGAGUGGUCAACUCGUCUUUCUCCGUUCUUGGUCGGGUGAUUGGCUCUGGAGCAUCAGCAGGAAUGGACGCCUGGGACCGCUCUUCGAAGAAUCUAGAGUCCGCCCGAGCUAUUGACGACAUUAGGGGCCUCCUCACAUCCAGCGUGACCAAGACAGCCACUGCUGGAGGGUCAGUCGUCAACAAACUAAUUGAGAUGGAAAGACAAGGUAAUGAGGGAGAAAGGCCGGAUGGCUCUCGUCCCUCAGCCUUGAGAUCAGCGAGUGCCCCCAACGCAUCCGAUCUGCGUCGAACCUCAUCUCACGAGCAAAAGUCUGCAGCGCACCUUGCGCCAAGUAUCGAGUCUUCGGCGAUGGAAGUGGCUUCGUCGCGAGAUAGCGGCAAGCUCAGCCUCAGCGAUCGACUUGCCAACCUGAACUGGAAGUUCAGCAGUGCGGUAUCGACUCCCCCGGUCGAGCCCGAAGCAUUGACAGAGCCUGUGAAUCCUCAGAACGCCUUACUUUCUACGCUCGGUGCGUCUGCCUCUAUCAUACUUGACGCAGAUGACGUGCCUGCACCGAGGAGCGUUGGCACCACAAACGCAACAGGCGUUGCGUCUACUGCACAACAAAGCACUGCUCCUCUGCCCUCUUCAGCUGCCUCUACGGCAGAUGCCUCCGAGCGUCCAUUGCCAGCCUCUCUCAGGUCACCGUACCCUCCAUUGUCUUUCCCGCCAACAGAAAGCAGGUCAUUGCAUGUCGUCCUGGCUACUUCGGGAAGCGUAGCUUCCAUCAAGCUACCCCUCAUUGUUGAGCGCCUCUUGAGCUACCGAAACGUUCGAGUGCAGGUCAUCCCAACGAAGUCCUCGUUGCACUUCUUCGACAAAGACGAAAUUGCAACGCUGAGCAGAUGUGUCGCAGAAAAGCAAGGUCUGCGCAGUGCAGCAGGGGAGGAAGGAUCCUAUACUCUGGCCUCUCUUGCGGCUGAGAAUGCCGCCGCGAGCGCAGGCAACUCGCAGGCGUCUACUUUAGCUCCUCUGGCUCAUCUGUGGACCGACGAAGACGAGUGGACUUCUUGGAACAAGGUUGGCGAUCCUAUCCUGCAUAUCGAGCUGAGGAGGUGGGCCGAUGUAGUCCUCGUGGCGCCGUGCAGUGCUAAUACGCUGGCGAAGAUUGCUGGAGGCAUCUGCGACAACUUGUUGACGUCCUUCCUGCGAGCCCUCUCGUCCUCUACGCCCACGAUUCUCUACCCAGCGAUGAACACGCUCAUGUAUGCGCACCCGCUGACGGCGCGCCAUCUCGACGUCGUCGAGAACAUCAUUGGCUACGAGGUACGGGGUCCCAUCGAGAAGAGGCUCGCGUGUGGAGACUUAGGGGCGGGGGCAAUGGUCGAGUGGACAGACAUUGUGGAAGGGGUAGUGCAGAGGUUCGGACUAGAGGGGAGGGGAGGAGCUGUGCAGGCCGAUGUGCAAGAAGAGGAUGGAUGGCCGGGAAGAGCUCAGAAGGAGACGGCCUAG